CGAUACUAUUCACCGUUGGGUUCGAGACGGUGUUUGGCUAUAUAUGAGAAGCAAGCUUUGAGACUCUUUCCUAUUGAAAAAAUGAUUAUUAUUCAACUUUUGUUCACAAUCACUUUUAUGCUGACCCUUUUCGGUCUGGCUGCCUCUGAGUUCGACUGUCAAAAAAUUGAUAGUUGGUCCAUUUGCGUUCCGAAGUCAGUCACUGGACUCAAGACUAAGGAGGCCACUCUGUUGUGUAACUUCACCUACCCGCCAAACAAAAGGAACUUUGAUAAAAAGAUUCAAGUGAUCUGGAAGCAAACAAAUGUGUUUGAGAGAAAAUGCCUCAUAUUACAUCUUUAACAGAACUACAAAUACGACGCGCGCCGACUUCAGCGGCCGCGUCUCACUUGUUGGAGACCCUGAAAACAGCAGCACCGCUUCCAUCCAAAUCCGGGACCUGAAAUACUCAGAUAGCGACAAUUAUUACUGUCGGUUUGAAAUUGAAGAUGGGUACGAAACACAUCAGGCGAUCCAUCUUGAAGUGCACUCCAUCCCUCAAGUUUGGAAUUUGACAAAAGUGGACGUCACCGAUCCUGUAAACUCGUCCAUCUUCUGGUGCACCGUGGAGGGAAAACCAAAACCGAACAUUACGUGGAACGUGCCGCCUGAAGUUGCACGCCCAUUAAACGCCGAGGUGGCGGAUGAUGCAGGUUCUGGACCGAAUCGUUACAGCAGCACGCUGAGAAUUUGUGGGGAGCUGCCCCCCGGAGGCUACACCUGCCGAGCGAUCAACCAGCAUGGGGAAGACAGCACAUCUCACAACGUGGAGCCAGCUCCGACAAAUGCGAGCGCAAUUUUCAUCGGAGCAAGCGCAGCGAUCGUCUUUCUGUGCGCACUCUCCGCACUCAUCACGUUCUGGCGCUGGCGAAUACAAAGGAAGAGCAACCGGGAAGUGAAUCAGGAGCUGACGAAAGAACACAUAUACGAAAACACGAGUGCUGACAAGUCUGGUGCAGGGCAAUGUGAGAGCUCAAGUCCAAAUGUGGACGAUGGCGAAGUGACAUAUGCCGCGGUGAUCGUGGGCGCAGACGCGCGCAGAGAAGCUCCAACCAGCCAGGAUCACGACGUCGUCUACGCCUCCAUUGUGGCGUAGCAGCAGCGCUCAUCUUCUGAGCCAAUGCAGUCUUUAGAUAAGAGCGUGCGGUUCAUUUAAGCUAAUAUUGCGCUUGGUAUCUCUUUUAUCUUUAUACGAUUAAUGACUAUAUCAUCACCAUCAGCUACGAUCAAUCGACCGCUGGAUGAGAUCCUCCUUUCACGGUGUUGUAAUGUAACGAUCCACACGAGCAGAUUUCAUUGAUGGGCUUUGCUGAAGCCAACAAACUGUGGACUCAUUUCAAAAUACUCAAUAUCUUGGCGCUCACCAGCAGUCGACCACGCUAAACUAACACUACUGUUUUUUUUCUAAACCAGACGUUAUUAAAGGGCACCUCGAGUGUAGUUGGCCCACCCUCGAUGUCUUACAACAUGUGCUGUGGGAGCCCCCUACUGGAACAGCUGUCCCGUUGGCUUUCGUAUCGCUGUAUCGUACUCAUACUUAAUUAUACAUAUUAUUAACAUUGCUCAUUUAUGCCUUUAACACAAUUAUACGUUGCUUCUCUUCGAUGUUUAUACGAAUUACUCUGUUCAUUAAUCACACACCAGAUAUUGAUAAUUUUAAUUGUUACAAGAUUCAAGAUGUGCGCUUGGACACCUCCCAGCCGGCCAGUGAGUUCUAAGGGGGUUCAGACCCACGUGUUUGAUAGGCUUGUGGCAUUGUUACUCACUGGUUGGUAUGUGUGGGUUCAUUCUGACGGCUGGAGUAUGAACACGUUUUAGUAACUGUGUAAAUGGUUUCUAGUUGCUACUCAGCAGGGGAUGUCAGUAACGGCGAGCCAUCGCUGAUGACAGCGGCUCGCCGAGUAAGCCACGCCGCGUAAAAUCUUCACGGCCGGGUAUUGAAAAAUUGUCCUCAAUGACUACUUUGGCUUCAACUGGAUCACAUCAUGCAGCCUGGAGUAGAAUUGCUCCUCGACUUCAACAGGGUCGGUCAUUGUUGGUACGAAAGGCACCGAAGCCGUGACUCCCCCUUGAGAUGAUGAUGUUGACCCACGUAAUGUGCUCCUCACAAAGUCACGGCGAGUCGAAACUUCGGAAUAUUUUGGGUGGCAGGACCAAUCCUUGCUUUGCGCGACUCGUCUUGCACGUGACCUUUCCAAAAGAAAGUUGACCUUCGCACUUCCCUGGGUCAUUUGAACUUUUCGCUAAAAACACGUCUGAAUCAGUGCGGCGAUGUCGGUGUGGUAGCUUCUGAGCUCGCAAGCAACCGUAGCGGUCCGCCUGCCGAGACGGUCAGUUCUGAUUUAAGUGAUUCUCAAGAGGUGUACAGAUGUUCCAAUU